CGAUAUGAAACGGUACAGGUCGCCCCAAAAGUCUGCACGAGUACAUGGAAUAGUGGAGGGAUUGCUUCCGAGCUGAGGCUUUUCCCCCCUUUCCCGCCGGACAUUGCUGUGGGCAAGAUGUCCUUUUCGCAACUGGCGACUCCUAGUGGAAAGACUUUUAAACAAUCCGUCGCAGAAGGAGCGAAUCCUUUCAUUUUCGUUGCGUUCGUCGUCGAGGAAACUUUUGUGUGACGUGUGAUUCGAAUUUUCCUUUUUCCAAGGCUUUCCUUUCUCUUGCGAAGGACACAUUUUCUGGCAAAGAAGUUGGUUUUUUGCAAUCUAACGUUCGCGGACGUGUUGGAAAAGUGUAGAGAAUUCGUUUUUUUCGGUCGCUGAUUUGGGUUUUUCGUCGGAAAAUUGGGAAAAUAAGUGAAAGCGUGCAAGCAAGUUGCCUGGUCGAUGGGCUCCAAGUUCCCCACAGUGUUGUUUGUUAGUGAAUCAUAUUUUCCUAGAGGGUAGCAAUCCGAAGGUAGUGCAAAGUAGAGAAAACCCUAGUGGGAAAUCGCUCGGCGUUUUCCGCAUUCACGCAUUUCCGCAAAUCGCCACCGCCAGAGGAUUCGCAAUAAAACAAUAAAAUGUGCUCAAUACUAAGUGAGGAUAGCAUUUAGCGUGUUUUCUUCUUCCAUAGUUGUUUGAUUUCUUCCAGCAUAAUUGAGCGUUUCCCGAUUCCUGUACUUGUUCAAGUUGUUUGCAUUUUGUCGUUCUUGUGUCCGUAAACAUAGGAAUUAACGUAAUGGAAUUGCCCUGAAACUUUGCACUCCACUCAAUUCUAGUCGUAAUUGGAAAGUAUCUAACAUAUUGAUUUGCCGUAGUGCAUGAUUAUCAGUUGGAUCGAGAGACAGUAUCUGUUCCCAACCGCCAUACAACACUAGCCACAGAACAUAUCCCAGUGUAUGUAAAUUGAACACUUUAAAGCCUGCAAGCAAAAAGGACCUCGAAAGCAAGCGGAGAACAAAAGAACAGGCAAAGGGAGCCCGAAACAAGCGUAAAAAUCAAUGCCCCGUUGAGAGCCGACCUCCCACCAGAGCCUAGUCCACAUAUGUGUUUUAAGGUUCCAUUACAUGUCUCCUGCGAAGACUGUCCCGUAAUUGGUUCUUGUGAAUGUUGUUAACAAUAGUAAUUGGUUUAAAGUCACAGUAAAGUCGCCGAUUUAUCAGAUCCGCUCCAAUAAUGGUCAGCACAACAUUGACUACUAUCGUAGCAUCUUCAGCAGAAACUAACAGUCAUCACCAUCACCAGCAUACGCAAGGCUACGCCCAGCACUCGCAAUCCCAUUCCGUGCGCAAUUUCUAUCUAAACGACUCCAAGCCAUCGUCAGUCUCCGGGAAUAAACUCCAAAAUAGUAUAAACAACUCUGAACGUCCAUACACCAACUCGAAUCUAUCUGCAGGCUCGGCAACGCCAACUGCAUCCAUAAGCCAUCAACAAGUUGCAACACCUACAACCUCGCCGCUUUCAAGGAAUUCCUGCUCAAAAAAUGAUACAGGUUCGGUACACCUGUCUGCAUCGCCACCAAUAAGUGAUAAGAUAUCUCUGUUGUUUCCAAAGUGUCGUCCAAAAAAUGACGUCAAUUUGAAUAUUGUUCCCAAAAGCAAUAAAAUUAACAACUCAAGCAACAACCAACCUGCAGACUCUUCACCGGUCUCUUCUUCGCUGUCGUCAGAAUCACUGUCCUCCGUGACACCAAGGAUUUCGACGAAUCCUUUCUUGAAUCCAAGCAGCAUUCCUGAUACUCCGCAAGAGCGGCCGAUUGCAAGUGCAUCCCAGAACUACUCAUCCAAUUUGGCGGGGACGAAAAAUUUCCAAAGCAUGCCGAGGAAGCGAAGCUAUCACGGUCCCAACCAGAAUCCUUUUAUCAAGGACACAUAUUGGGAAACGCGACACAACACCACCCCCGCCAGCACGGUCCUCAACUCGCCAGAUCUGACCGAAAACGAAUCUCGAAAUCACUUCAUCCAGAAGCAGCAUGUGAAAGUGGGCAGAAGUCCUGUUAGUCAUCCUGAACUUCUGCCUCCUAUCGGCCUGGACACCCCGACUCGAGGAGUAGCCGUGGUGGCUGAUGGUGAGGUGGUGGUAUUCGACGAUAUCGCCGAAAGCUGGCAGAAUUUAAGGGUCACCACGGACCACACCAGCACCGAACACAACCCGCAGGCACAGCAGCAGCAGCAGCUAUGCAGCAACGACACAAAGGAUAUUUUAUUAGAACAAACUAAUUAUGAACAAAGAGACGGAGGAAUGGAACGGAAAUUUAUAGAUAGGAACUUUGCAAUACCGGCGGGAAUACGCCAUGGAAUAAUAGAAUAUGAAGGAUCGCCACGACGGAUCGGUCAAGGGUCUCCAGAAGGAGGUCACCAAUCGAUACAACUGCACUUACAACGGUCCAAGGUCUACACGGCGUCAGCUCCGUUGCAUGCAGCUCGGCCUGGCUUUCCACAAAGGAUAUUCUCGCAACCGCCUGAAACGCCCUCACCAAUCGGAAAUGAUGCGCAACAAUCCAAUACUGAGGAUACAAGUAACGACGUUUCCGAAAUAGGAACUUCAUCGGAUUUCACAUCAUCGGAGAAACCAAAAUCAUCCACUUUUGAUUAUCUCUAUGAGUUCUCUGAAACAAGGAAGGUCCUUGAAGAAUUCUUCAAGUGUCCAUCAAACGAAGAGAAACCCGUGGAGAAUGGCAGCGAUGUGGAUAGCACAGAUAUUCACUACGAUUAUGGAGUUAAUUUAGAAGCAGAUGUAAAUAAUUAUAUCGAACAAAGGAUCGCUAGUAGCCCCAUAUCGAACCAUCAGCAAGAAGACGAAAUCGAUUGCAAAAAUGAGUCCGAGAAUGGUUUGGAUACCACAAACAACAAAGAAAACCAUGAUAUUGACUUCUUCCUGGAAUCAGCAAGUCGAAGUAGUGCUGAUAUCCUAGAGCAACAUGAUGGAAUAAAUCAAAAUCGGGUACCACAAAGGACAUUCCGCUAUUCUCCUGAGACGACGGACUAUGAUUCCAACUGUGGAGAUCUAGACAGUCUUUCAGGCGAAUACAACGGGGUAUCUCCCUAUACGAAUUAUGCAAAAUACUAUGCCAGCAUGCCCGUGUUAGAAGAUGGACUCUCCAGUGGACAUGCGUCUGACACAGAAAAUAAUAAUCAACCUUCGACGGGAAUUUCAAUACUCAUGGAUAUGAAAAGGACCUCAGAAAACCAGGAGAACCGCGAAAUAUCUAACUCCUCUGACUUCUUCUUCAAAACAUCUGAAAGUCCCAACAGUAAAGUGAAAGAAGAGACCAUUCGCGAACCGACCAGACUUAGAAGUCCAGGGAACCAUAACAAGGUUUUCAAAAAUAUUGAUCCUGAUCUGGAUUCCUUAUAUUCGAUAAGCGUUUUUCACCGGUCCGAUAUGAUACAACUCACGCCUCCGCCUCCAGCUCCUGCACCGCAUCGUAAAACUAACUCGCUUAUUUGUUCUGAACAGCAGAAUUCCGAAGCAAACACAGCUGCCUUAAAAGACUUGCACUCAUCCCUUUCGCAAACUCAACCAAUACGCCCAACAAUGACUAAAAUCCUAACAACUCCCCUCAUUCCGACGGUGGACAAACAACGUAAUACAACUGCACCAUCACCUCCGCCCCCUCCUCCUCCUCCUCCUGAGAAGAUCGCGUCAUCCCCUAUUCUAUGCUCUCCCGUUUGGAUUCCUCGACAACUAGACAAUUCAAAAAACAGUAAUUACGGUGAUUCUGUGGAUCAUCAUAACAAAAAUCUAAGUGCCGACGAAGAAGACGUAGAUACCGAUCUGGAGACAGAUAGACUCUUGGGUCAUCAAAGGCUUGACGAUCAAGGAUUCUACGAUGAAGGGAAAUCAUGGGAACGAAAACCACGAUCACUGCUCGCUUCAUCGCUUUCGAAAUUCUCACCAAAAGUGCAACCAACCAAUAAGAACUCUAGUACGAAUCUUUUACGACAAGGAUUAAACUCAUUGCUUCCUACCACUCCGGAAUUAGCGCCGCCUCCUAUUCCGAACAAAACUAGCACCAAACUUUUAGACAUCGGAGAUUCAACACCAUCCCCUGAGCACAUUGAAAAAUCCCCGGAGAACAACUCAGAAACCAAAAAUUGUAUGACCGACAGUCCUGAUGGAUCGAGCAAGUCGAAAAAGGAUAGCGAGAAGAAGGGAAAGAAAAGUAAAAACAAAGAAGUACUGAUUGAAGGUGUACUGUUUCGUGCUCGCUACUUGGGCUCAACUCAGCUGGUCUGUGAAGGUCAACCUACCAAAUCCACGCGGAUGAUGCAAGCCGAAGAAGCCGUCUCCAGGAUAAAAGCGUUGGCUCCCGAUGGAGAAGGACAGCCAAGCACCGAAGUUGAUCUCUUCAUUUCAACGGAAAAAAUCAUGGUCCUCAACACGGACCUCAAAGAGAUUAUGAUGGAUCAUGCUCUACGAACAAUUUCUUACAUAGCUGACAUAGGAGACCUUGUCGUCCUCAUGGCAAGACGCCGCUUCGUCCCCCAGGAUAUAGACGAUGCCCCGAAACCAAACAGAACUCCAAAAAUGAUUUGUCACGUAUUUGAAAGCGACGAAGCUCAAUUCAUAGCUCAAUCUAUUGGUCAAGCAUUCCAAGUUGCCUACAUGGAAUUUCUCAAGGCGAAUGGUAUUGAGGAUCACAGUUUCGUCAAGGAAAUGGACUAUCAGGAAGUGCUCAACAGCCAAGAGAUUUUUGGCGAUGAACUGGAAAUUUUCGCGAAAAAGGAGCUGCAGAAAGAAGUGGUAGUACCUAAAGCUAAAGGAGAAAUCCUAGGGGUGGUGAUCGUUGAAAGUGGAUGGGGUUCCAUGCUUCCAACCGUUGUUAUCGCAAACUUAAUGUCAACGGGAGCUGCAGCACGUUGCGGCCAACUAAAUAUCGGUGACCAAUUGAUAGCAAUCAAUGGUCUCAGUUUAGUGGGCCUGCCACUGUCCACAUGCCAGAACUAUAUAAAGAAUUCUAAAAAUCAAACUGUCGUCAAAUUCACCGUAGUUCCGUGUGCACCUGUAGUUGAAGUUAAGAUAAAACGACCCAACACUAAGUACCAGUUAGGUUUUAGUGUACAAAACGGAGUGAUAUGCAGUCUGCUGCGAGGUGGAAUUGCCGAAAGAGGAGGCGUUCGCGUUGGUCAUAGGAUUAUAGAAAUUAACAACCAAAGUGUCGUUGCGGUACCACAUGAAAAAAUUGUCAACCUUUUAGCCACUUCUGUCGGCGAGAUAUUAAUGAAAACAAUGCCAACGUCGAUGUUUCGUCUUCUCACAGGACAGGAAAACCCGAUUUAUAUUUAAAUUUUCCAACACAGCUGUUAAGUGAAGAUAACAAUAAGGAAUCUUUCGA